AUAAGUUUUUAAGGAUUUGAAAUUAUGUAUUUACAGCUGAGAACUUUUCAGUAACAGUAUCGAAACGCAAGAGUCGCUUAUCCAAUUAACUCUUCUGCCACAUUCAUCGAAGGGGAGAGAGAGAGAGAGACCCUACUUUAGCCAGACUUACCUGCUUAGACGUCUCUGGCUUGAAGGCAGAGAAGCUUUUGAGAGUUGCGGUAGGUGGAACGUGAAGCUAUACUAGCUUUCACGGGAAGGCCAAUUGUUGGUUCGGACCAUACUCACGCAUCCUGAUAACAUUUUGCAGAGGUAAUUAAGCUCGAUCACUCUUCUCUUAUUACUGCCCUCUCCUUCUCUAGUGUAUGCUCCGUGUGUGCGACUAUAAGAUUAGAGCAAUAUUACUGGCCAUGAAAAAAAGACGAACUAUGGGAACCAAUGGUGGCUUUAGUUCUAAUCCAAGCUUGGAGGAGAUACUCGUUGCUAUAUCAAGAGAGAUAAUGUAAUACAGAAAAAUUUUCCAUUACAGGAAUAGAGUAACGUCAAAAAUGAGAGUAGCAGUGGUUGGUGCUGGGAUUAGUGGACUAGUUUCAGCUUAUGUUCUUGCAAAAGCUGGAGUUGAGGUUGUGCUAUACGAGAAAGAGAAUUACUUAGGCGGCCAUGCCAAGACUGUCAGCUUCGAUGGUGUUGAUUUAGACCUCGGCUUCAUGGUCUUCAAUCGGGUAACAUAUCCAAAUAUGAUGGAGUUCUUCGAGAGCCUUGGAAUAGAUAUGGAGUUAUCGGAUAUGUCAUUCUCAGUGAGCUUAGACGAAGGCCAGGGUUGUGAAUGGGGUAGCAGAAAUGGGUUGUCAGGCUUGUUUGCACAGAAGAAGAAUAUGUUAAGUCCGUACUUUUGGAAAAUGCUUCGAGAAAUUAUCAAGUUUAAGGAUGAUGUGCUCAGUUAUCUUGAGAUGCUUGAGAACAAUCCAGAUGUUGAUAGGAAUGAGACCUUAGGGAAAUUUGUCAAGUCACGAGGUUACUCUGAAUUAUUUCAGAAGGCUUAUCUUAUUCCCGUAUGUGGUUCUAUAUGGUCCUGCCCUUCAGAAGGAGUCAUGAGCUUUUCAGCUUUCUCUGUACUUUCAUUUUGCCGUAAUCAUCAUUUACUUGAGCUCUUUGGUCGGCCUCAGUGGCUCACUGUCACACGGCGAUCGCAUUCUUAUGUCAACAAGGUCAGAGAAAAGCUGGAAAGUUGGGGUUGCCAGAUACGAACGGGUUGUGAGAUACAGGCUGUUUCAACUAAAGACGAAGCAGGUUGCGCAGUUCUCUGUAGAGAUGGCUUGCUAGAAAUGUACAGUGGGUGCAUAAUGGCUGUCCAUGCCCCAGAUGCUCUGGCAUUAUUAGGAAAGCAAGCGACAUUUGAUGAGACGAGAAUACUUGGUGCUUUCCAAUAUAUGUAUAGCGAUAUUUUCCUUCACCGUGAUAAAAAGUUUAUGCCCCAAAACUCAGCAGCAUGGAGUGCAUGGAAUUUCUUAGGAAGUACUGACAAUAAAGUCUGCCUGACAUAUUGGCUGAAUGUGCUUCAGAAUAUUGAUGAAACAGGCCUACCUUUUCUUGUGACACUCAAUCCAGAUCAUGUUCCAGAUCAUACCUUGGUCAAGUGGUCAACUGGCCAUCCUGUUCCAUCUGUAGCUGCAACAAAAGCUUCGCUUGAGCUUGAUCAUAUUCAAGGCAAGAGGAGAAUUUGGUUUUGUGGAGCAUACCAGGGUUAUGGCUUCCAUGAAGAUGGACUAAAGUCAGGCAUGGUUGCUGCACACGGUUUGCUUGGAAACAGAUGUGCCAUUCUGAGCAAUCCAAAACAUAUGGCACCUUCUAUGUUAGAAACUGGGGCACGCCUUUUUGUUACUAGAUUUCUUGGACAUUAUAUCUCCACUGGCUGUUUAAUUUUGCUGGAGGAAGGAGGCACAGUUUUCUCCUUUGAGGGAACUUCAAAAAAAUGUUCACUGAAAACUGUUUUGAAGGUUCACAAUCCCCAGUUUUACUGGAAGAUAAUGACACAGGCUGAUUUAGGCCUUGCAGAUGCAUAUAUCAAUGGUGAUUUUUCCUUUGUUAACAAAGAUGAAGGCCUUCUAAACCUUCUCAUGAUUCUCAUUGUAAAUAGAGAUGUUAAUAAAUCUGCAUCAAAGCUGAACAAGAAAAGGGGCUGGUGGACACCAUUAUUAUUCACAGCCGGUAUUGCAUCUGCAAAAUUUUUCAUUCAGCAUGUAUCAAGGCAAAAUACUCUUACUCAAGCUCGCAGAAAUAUCUCUCGUCAUUAUGACCUGAGUAAUGAGCUUUUUGCACUGUUCUUGGAUGAAACAAUGACGUACUCCUGUGGAGUAUUUAAGACAGAAGACGAGGAUUUGAAAGAUGCUCAAAUGAGAAAAAUAUCCCUUCUAAUCGAAAAGGCUGGAAUCAGUAAAGAUCAUGAAAUUCUCGAGAUUGGUUGUGGGUGGGGAACCUUGGCCAUUGAAGCUGUCCAACGAACUGGAUGUAAAUACACUGGCAUCACACUAUCUGAAGAACAACUAAAACAUGCAGAAAUGAAGGUGAAGGAAGCUGGCCUCCAGGACCGUAUAGCAUUUCACCUCUGUGACUAUCGCCAAUUGCCCAAGACCCACAAAUACGACAGAAUAAUAUCCUGUGAAAUGAUAGAAGCCGUCGGCCAUGAAUACAUGGAAGAGUUUUUUGGCUGCUGCGAAUCAGUAUUAGCAGAAAAUGGGCUUCUUGUCCUACAGUUCAUAUCAAUACCAGAAGAAAGAUAUGAUGAGUAUAGGCAAAGCUCAGAUUUUAUUAAGGAAUAUAUUUUUCCUGGUGGAUGCUUGCCUUCAUUAACAAGAAUAACAUCAGCCAUGGCCACCUCAUCGAGACUGUGCGUGGAGCAUGUGGAAAAUAUUGGAAUUCAUUACUAUCAGACACUUAAAUAUUGGAGAAAGAACUUCCUGGAGAAGCAGAGAAAAAUUCUUGCCCUGGGAUUCAAUGAGAAGUUCAUCCGAACAUGGGAGUAUUAUUUUGACUAUAGUGCAGCUGGUUUCAAGACACAUACACUUGGAAAUUACCAGGUUGUAUUUUCACGUCCUGGCAAUGUUGUUGCACUAAGCAAUCCAUACAAAAGUUUUCCUUCAGCGUAUUGAUUCUUUUCUGUGAAGGAAGAUAGCUCCAUCACGCUGAAGCCAGUCCAGCCAAAUCCAAAGAUCUCCCUUGAAAUUAAGUUCUACAGUUGCUCCAUUUACUUCAUUUUUGAAUAAUAAUUCCAUUCAGGAUGGUGGGUUCUAUCCUUGGCAAAUACAUUUCAACAGGCUAGCUUGCCUUGACAACUAGCAGAAUUACUGUUCAAGAUAUAUGAUGAUUAGUGUAUGAUUGCUGAUUGGUGCUGGCCUGCAACAUUACGCAAUUUCUCAUCUGUUAACUAUGAAUCUUAGUGACUGGAGAAUUUUUGUUAUUA